AUCUUGCCGUCUGCGUCCAUUGCUCGUGAUUGAUAAAAACUUGGUGUGUUCUCCUGAAGAGUUGUAGAUUAAUUCGUGAUGUAACAGGAAGUAGGCUAAUGUGAAUGCCUCCCACAAGCUGACAGCGGCUCCAGUCCGACACUUUAUGCAUUGAGUGUUGAAACCCUUUGGGUUUGGUUCACUACCAUUGCUGCGGAGGUUGCGUUUGGGCAAGUAAAAGCUGUCGCUGGAGUGAUUGGUCGGUUUAUGUGACUUUCUAAAUCGCGUUGGCAUUGGAUUGUGAACUAUUCGCAUCAGAUCGAUAGUCAUUAAAGAGUGGAUCGUUUGAAAUGGCAAAAAAGAAGAUGGAUUGUUUUGGGUGCUGUUGGAUGGUCAUCUGUCUCCUACUGGGUACUCCCACUAAGAUCUUAGUUGCGGCUAGCCCAGAGGUGAACAGUACCCAGAAUCACCUACAGCUCAAUGUCUACCACGACAUAGGAGUCACCAGGAACAAGAUUGUGACAGCCCAGUUCGAGUGCUACCAGAAAAUCAUGAAGGAUAACGACCACAACAAAAUAGGGCCAGUGUGUAACCGGACCUGGGAUGGGUGGCUGUGCUGGGACGACACAGAGGCAGGCUUCACUUCAGAACAGCACUGCCCUGACUACUUCCAGGACUUUGACCCCUCAGAAAUGGUGACAAAAAUCUGCAGUGAGAACGCACACUGGUUUCUGCAUCCCGACAGCAACCGAACGUGGACUAACUACACACGAUGCAACGAGCACACAAACGAAGGCAUAAUGACUGCCAUGAAUUUAUUCUACUUGGCCCUCAUUGGCCACGGAUUGUCACUGAUAGCCCUAUUCAUUUCCCUGGGAAUAUUUUUCAAUUUCAAGAGUUUAAGUUGCCAAAGGAUCACUCUCCACAAAAACCUCUUCUUCUCCUUUGUUUUGAACUCGGUCAUCACCAUCAUCUGGCUGACCGCUGUGGCGAAUAACCAGGAGCUGGUACAAAGAAACCCUACAAGCUGUAAAGUCUCCCAGUUCAUCCAUCUUUAUCUGUUUGGCUGCAACUACUUCUGGAUGCUCUGUGAAGGGAUAUACCUGCACACCCUCAUCGUUGUUGCUGUGUUUGCUGAGAAACAGCACUUGAUGUGGUACUAUCUUCUCGGCUGGGGCUUUCCUCUGAUUCCAGCAUCUAUACAUGCGAUCGCUCGCAGUUACUACUACAAUGACAACUGUUGGAUAAGCUCCAACACUUCACUCCUCUACAUCAUCCAUGGGCCAAUCUGCGCUGCUCUGUUGGUGAACCUGUUCUUCCUGUUGAACAUUGUGCGUGUCCUGAUCACCAAGCUGAAGGUGACCCACCAGGCUGAAUCCAGCCUCUACAUGAAGGCGGUGCGCGCCACCCUGAUUCUGGUACCUCUCCUGGGCAUCCAGUACGUCCUGUUGCCCUACAAACCAGAGGGCCGGGUCUCCUCUGAGAUCUACGACUACAUCAUGCACAUCUUAAUGCAUUACCAGGGGCUGCUGGUGGCCACCAUCUUCUGCUUCUUCAACGGAGAGGUGCAAGGGGUUCUGAGGAGACAUUGGAACCAGUACCGUAUCCAGUUCGGGAGCACCUUCACCCACUCGGAUGCCAUGCGGUCCGCCUCAUACACAGCCUCGUCCAUCUCCGAAGUCCAGGGUUGCUACAGCAUCGACAGCAACACAGAACACUUGAAUGGCAAGGGGGGCUGCCUUGACAUCGAGACCUCUGUCUUAAAGUCGGAGAACCCGUUCGCCUGAGGAAAGGAUAACUCUGCUGUGUAUUUGGGAAAGGA